AUGGAAUUAAAACCCUUCCAAAUAGACCAGAAUCAACAAGGCCAAGAUCAUGAAGUAAAAGGCUCUCCGAGUGCUGUCGAAGCCUCGCCACAGCCUGAGAACACCGAUGUUGAGGAUUCGCCCAAAGAGCUUGAGCGUUGGAAUAGGACUCGACUUAACUCCUAUCGUUAUUAUGCGACCAAUCUGUCAUUUCUCAUAAUGGGCAUGAAUGAUGCAUCUCUGGGCGCUCUGUUACCAUAUAUAGAAACAUAUUAUGGCAUCAACUACACCACAGCCUCGACUCUAUUCCUUGUACCUGUCGUGGGCUAUAUCGUUGCUGCUCUCACUAACAACUGGAUACACUACACCAUGGGCCAACGAGGUGUAGCAAUCCUUGGACCUAUCUGUCGUCUCGUGGCCUACGUACCCGUGGCAUUACACCCACCGUUCCCAGCAUUGCCCUGUGUGAUGCUGUUCACUGGGUUUGGCAACGGUAUCCAAGACAGUGGCUAUAAUGCUUGGGUCGGAAACAUGCACCACGCCAACGAGCUCCUGGGUUUUCUCCACGGCGCCUAUGGUCUCGGUGGUACGAUUGGCCCGUUGAUUGCCUCUGCCAUGGUAACCGAAGGCGGCCUCAACUGGUACACAUUCUUUUACAUCAUGAUUGGCCUCGUUGUAGUCGAGUUUGUGGUGGGGACUGCUGCAUUCUGGAAUGCAACCGGGGCAGAGUACCGACAAAGAGUUCAAUUCCAACAAGGCAAACAUCGUGCAACGACGCGUAUGGCCAUCAAGAAGUCCAUUACUUGGAUAGUGGCACUAUUUCUCCUGGGGUAUGUGGCUGCUGAGGUGAGCCUAGGAGGCUGGAUUGUUACCUUCAUGCUUCGAGUGCGACACGCCAAACCGUUCCUUGCAGGCUUGACAGUUACACUGUUCUGGCUCGGACUCACAUUGGGCCGAGUUGUGUUGGGAUUCAUCACGGAGAGAAUUGGCGAAAAGACGGCGAUUUGCGUCUAUCUCAUGCUCUCUAUCGCGUUGGAAUUGCUAUACUGGCUUGUCCCCAACUUUAUCGCUUCUGUCAUAUUUGUCAUGCUCCUUGGAUUCUUCCUCGGACCUCUAUUUCCUGCUUCUAUGGUAGCAGCAACUAAACUUCUACCAGUGGAUUAUCAUAUUAGUGCCAUUGGUUUUGCAGCGGUAGUUGGAGGUGGAGGAGCCGCCGUAGGACCGUUCGCAGUUGGAGCCAUUGCGCAACGGACUGGAGUUCAAGUUCUGCAGCCUAUCAUAGUAGGACUUCUCGGAGCCAUCACUAUGAUUUGGCUCUUGUUGCCAGGAGGGUUCAAAAAGGGUGGGCUUGAGAGGGCGAGAGAGCAGAAGCUUCAGCCUGGAGGCGAUGUGAAGGAGGCUUGGUCAUGGGUCAAGACGAAGGUGAGAGGAACACAGUAA